GUAGGGUACAAAUGUGGUAUAAUUUUUGUAAGUGUAGCAUUGUCCUCCAUUUACCGUCCUCCUCGUGUCAACCAAGGAGGGGUUGUCUGAUUCGCGUGCAGAUAUUGACAGGUGGGCCGACCUAUGGAUCCUCAACGGCAGCGCCGCCGACGUUUGGCUGCGCUGCUCUCUUCCUUUAUCGCCGAUCUCCUCUCUCUGCUUCUCAUCCUUUUCCCUCCGACGUCGAACCCUCUUCCCCUCGACGAUUGCACCGGAAAUGGGACUCCGACGCCCGACCCACGCGACGUCAUCUUCCCUGAUCUCCUCCUCCAUCUUCUAUCCACCUCCGAAAUUUCCGCCACCCUCUCCCUCCUUUCGUUCCUCAGAAAACGCAGGCGGGUCGAGCCAGCCGACGUGGGUGACCCGGAAUCGACGAUCGCUCGACUCCUCCGAGGAGACUCGGUCAAACGCCGGAACCCGGACUCCUUCAAGCAGUUCUUCAACAUGAAUUCCUCGACUUUCGAGUGGCUCUGCGGUCUGCUAGAGCCGCUUCUGGAAUGCCGCGACCCGGUCGACUCGCCUCUUAACCUCUCUGCAGAGACUAGACUCGGUAUCGGCCUCUUUCGGCUCGCCAGCGGCGCGGAUUUCCCGGAGAUAUCCGAUCAAUUCCGUGUUCCCAUCUCGGUAUCCCAAUUUUGCGUCAAGCAGCUCUGUCGGGUUCUCUGCACAAAUUUCCGAUUCUGGGUCGGGUUCCCAAGCCCAAACGAGCUUGGGUCCGUGUCUUCUCAGUUCUAUUCCCUCACCGGAAUUCCCAAUUGUUGCGGAGCAAUCCAGUGCGCCAGGUUCAAGAUCAGAAGAAACUUUGGAAAGAAAGGAGGUGGAGAAGAAACCAUAGCAGCCCAAAUUAUAGUCGACUCAUCUUCAAGAAUUCUAAGCAUCAUAGCUGGUUUUCACGGCCAAAAAACCAAUUCCCAAAUCCUAAAAUCCUCAACUCUAUACAAAGAUAUAGAAAAGGGGGCAUUGUUGAAUUCGCAGCCGGUGUGUAUAAAUGGCGUGGAUAUACCCCAGUUCUUUGCAGGAGAAGGAGCCUACCCUUUGCUUCCAUGGCUAAUGAUACCUUUCACUUGUAAUUCUUUGCCGGGGGCGAAUGUGGAAAAGUUCAACAGUGCUCAUCGCAUCUUGCUCUUAUCAGCCCUUAAAGCCAUUGCAAGCCUAAGGAAAUGGGGUGUGUUGAAUAGAUCAAUUGAGGUGGAAGAUAAGGUGGCAGUUGCAUAUAUUGGUGCCUCUUCAAUACUACAUAAUAUGCUGCUUAUGAGGGAGGAUUUCUCUGCUUUCUUUGAUGAACUCGACGAGUGUUCUUGGAUUCAUUGUCAGAGCUCACAGCCACCUCUUGAAGAGAACAAUGGUGUGGAGGAGAUUUUCACUCAAAGGAUGGCAUUUGCAUCUACCAUUAGAGAUGCAUUGGCAAAGAAAGUUAGUGAGCAAUUUUGAAGAAUGCAGAUGAUAUACUAUGGUACAAUACCCAAUAAGUAUUCAUUUGUUCCGAAGGAUCAUUACGCAUUUAACCGUAGUUUCUAGCGUCUGCAAUUCCACAUUAACAUUUGAAUACGAUCGUACAAGUAGUAGAAUAUAGUGCAUGUUUCCACUACAUUCAAAUUUGUCAUUUAUAAUGCAGCUAAUGUUUCUGAGGGAUCAAAACUAGAAACUUGUGAAUGAAUUGGUUUGUUUAGA